AUGGUCACCGACGAAUAUCCUUUAACCGUUCACAUCAAGUUGCCAAACGGUGUUGAAUACGACCAACCAACUGGGUUGUUCAUCAACGGUGAGUUCACCAAGUCCAAGCAGGGCAAGACCUUCGAGGUUGUCUCUCCGUCUACCGAAGAGAUUGUCUGCUCCGUCUACGAAGCUUUGGAGGAAGAUGUCAACGCUGCCGUGGAUGCAGCCGAGAAUGCUUUCAAAAACACCGAGUGGGCCACCCAGGACCCAUCUGUCAGAGGCCGGUGCUUGCUCAAGUUGGCCGAUUUGGUCGAGCAGCACGCCGAAGUACUUGCUGGUAUCGAGUCCUUGGACAACGGUAAGUCCUUGUUCUGUUCCAGAGGUGACGUUGCCUUGUGUUCUGCCUACUUCAGAUCUUGUGCCGGAUACGCUGACAAGGUUGACGGUAGAAUCAUUGACACUGGCAGCAACCAUCUCUCCUACACCAGAAGAGAGCCAAUCGGUGUCUGUGGUCAGAUCAUUCCAUGGAACUUCCCCUUGCUCAUGGCUUCCUGGAAGUUGGGUCCAUGUUUGGCCACCGGUAACGUCACUGUCUUGAAGACGGCCGAAUCUACCCCAUUGUCUGCUUUGUACCUCUGUAACUUACUUAACGAGGCGGGUUUCCCACCGGGUGUUGUCAACAUCAUCUCCGGGUUCGGUAAGACCACUGGUGACGUCAUCGCCUUGCACCCUAAGGUGCGUAAGUUGGCCUUCACCGGUUCCACUGCCACUGGUCGCCACAUCAUGAAGCGUGCCGCCGAAUCUAACUUGAAGAAGGUCACCUUGGAGUUGGGCGGUAAGUCUCCAAACAUCAUCUUUAACGAUGCGGACAUUGCCAAAGCGGCCCAGAACAUGAUUAUCGGUAUUUUCUACAACUCUGGUGAGGUUUGUUGUGCCGGCUCCCGUAUUUACUGUCAGUCCGGUAUCUACGACGAAUUGUUGGUUGAGUUCAAGAAGGCCAUUGCCAACUUGAAGGUUGGCGAUCCGUUUGACGAAACCACUUUCCAGGGCUCCCAAACCUCCCAGUUGCAGUUGGAUCGCAUUUUGAACUACAUCGACGUCGGUAAGAAGGAGGGUGCCCAGCUCAUCACUGGUGGUGAGAGAAUUGGUGGUAAGGGCUACUUCAUUAAGCCAACCAUCUUCGGUAACGUCCACGAAGAGAUGAGAAUCGUCAAGGAGGAAAUUUUCGGCCCAGUGGUCACCAUCACCAAGUUUGAAACUGUCGAUGAAGUUAUUGAGUUGGCUAACAAUUCCGAGUACGGUUUGGCUGCCGGUCUCCACACGGAGGACAUCAACAAGGCCAUUGACGUUUCCAACAGAUUGAAGGCUGGUACCGUCUGGGUCAACACCUACAACGAUUUCCACUCAUCUGUGCCAUUUGGUGGCUACGCCCAAUCUGGUAUUGGUAGAGAAAUGGGUAUCGAGGCCUUUGACAACUACACCCAAGUCAAGGCUGUCCGUAUCAAGAUCGACAAGAAAAAGGCUUAA